AUGGCCGCCUACGCGCCUCAGGCCGACGAGCCCGAGCUGAUCGCGCGCCACGCCGUGCCCGUCGAUCACGUUCAGCGCCGCCUCCUCUACGCCGGCCGCAUCCUUGUGACCGGCGGCUGGCUCGUCCUCACCUACACCAUCAGCAACCGCUCCGCGAACGCCGAGCACGCGCUCGUCGGGCUCGCGCUUCUCCUACUCGGCGUGUUCCUCAUCACAAUUUCGCCGGUGACCAACCAGUUCCCAGGUGCAUCAGGGGCCGGCGCCGCCGUGGCCGACGCCGUCGUCUUCUACUUCUUCGCGCCGCCGAACUAG